UGGAAUGAUUCAUGUUUGCUACUGAUCUGAUUGGUCGAACUAAUUACAUUUUCCGAGCCAUCAGAUGAAAAAUAAAAAGAGAAAGAAAGAUAGACAGAUUAAAACCGAAGAAGAACAAUAGUUUAUGCAACUGAUAAUAAUAAAACGUAUUUGAAAGUAAUAUAUCCAGAAACCGGAAGUGCUCCGGCCACACCACACACACGUCACUUCCUCUUUACAUCUACCAAAACAGUACCUGGACGAGGAAAGCAUUUAGAAUAGGAUACGGUUUUCUAAAGAUACCAGGACAACUCAAACAUAUAUAUAUAUAUAUAUAUUAAUAUUAUACAUAUAUAUUUAUAUAUAUUUCAUCCACCGAUUGUACUAAUAAAUCGGCUUUAGCCCCUGCAAGAGUGCCCAAGAUGGUACAUCACUCUAUAUAGGAAUCCCAAGCCCAGAGGGAGGUACUAGUUAGUGUAUUAACCAACGGAGGACCUUCCAGUCCAGAGACGCAUGUCCCGGAUCAGGAGCACACUCGACAGCGUCUCUCGAGUGGUCGGCAGCAAGGACCUGAUCUCCAAGCUCUCCCGCUUACGGCUCGGUAGCUCAACGGUCGACGGGUCCAAUGCGGGCGAGGUUCGGGUCAACGCGGAACCCCCCAGCGCCGCCUCCUCCUCCAGCGCCGCCCAGACCAGCAUGACGGCGCCCGGGUUGGACCGGAACAUGCGUGUAGAAGGAGAGUCCCAGCGGCAACCUGACAAAGAGGAGCCUUAUGUGGCGACCUCCCCCAUGACCGGCUCGGCACCUUCGGCGAGCGCCGGCGACGCGUCCGCGACGAGCUCCCCGCCGUCCGCCUCUUCCGUGGCCAAGCAGACGCUGCAGCUGUUCCACCCGUCGACCCUCUCCGCCAACGUGGACGAGACCUACAACACGUUCGCCAAGCACGUCAACAGCUACUUUAGCGUCGGCGCGGACGAACAGGGGGACGGUACAGAAGGACAGCAAAAACAACAACAGCAGCAACAACGACGACGGCAUGGGGACCACGUCCGCGAUCACCCCCAGCACCACCACCGAACGCCCGAGACGGCCGUAGAACACCUUCCCCUCGCCGUCCCUGUCGCAGGCCAAUCCAAGCCCGAGGAACCCCGCGCUGCUGCCCCCUCCUCCGGAUCCCCCUCUCCUCCUCCGCCUGGCAAGGGGACUCCUCUGACGGAGAACGCUUCGCCGACUCCAGCUCCGCCACCACCCACUACCUCCGCCAAGAAGGGCUUCACCCAGUACCUGUCCUACCCCACGCCCAGCAUGCAGGCCUUCGUGGGCAGCUACAUCGCACCGCUCGUCCCCAAGUUCCGUGUGGAGGCCAAGAGCAUCGCAGUCGAGAAGGAGAACGGGCGGGCCCCCGGGGAGGCCGUGGAGAAGGGGAAGAAGAAGAAGAAGGAGGUGGAGGAGGUGGAGAAGAAGGAGGAGGAGAGCGCCAGGAAGCUGCUGCUGACUCAGAGAGAGAAGAUCAUCGCCAGGGUGAGUGUGGACAACCGCACCCGGGCGCUGGUGAAGGGCCUGCAGAGCGUCACCGACGUCAGGCUGCUGACUGGCCGCGUGGAGGAGCUCAGCCGCCAUCUUCUUGAGUUCCCAGAGACCCGCGGCGUGGCCGUCAAGGAGCGAGCCCUGCCCCGCCUGCUCCGCCUGCGGCAGGCCAGCGACCCCCCCCUCCAGGCGGCCGUCAGGGAGGCGCUGGCCCUGGUGGGGUACACCGACCCCGUCAGGGGGCGGGGCAUCCGGGUGCUGACCAUCGACGGAGGCGGGACCAGGGGCCUGAUGGCACUCCAGACUUUACACAAGCUGCAGGAGCUCACUGGAAAACCAAUCCAUCAACUGUUCGACUACAUCUGUGGAGUCAGCACAGGAGCCAUCCUGGCCUUCAUGCUGGGGGUGUUCCAGAUCCCCCUGGAGGAGUGUGAGGAAAUGUACCGCAAGCUGGGCUCGGACGUCUUCAAGCAGAACGUCAUCGUGGGCACGGUGAAGAUGGGCUGGAGCCACGCCUUCUACGACAGCCAAGUGUGGGAGAACCUCCUCAAGGAAAGAAUGGGCGAGGGACUCAUGGUUGAAAGCGCCAGGGGUCCAAACUGUCCUAAAGUGUCAGCAGUGAGCACCAUUGUGAACAGAGGGCUGCCGCUGAAGGCCUACGUGUUCCGCAACUACCGGCUGAUGCCCGGGAUGCGAUCCCACUACCUGGGCGACUGCAAGCACAAGAUGUGGCAAGCCAUCCGGGCGUCAUCAGCUGCUCCGGGAUACUUCCAGGAGUUUGUCCUGGGAAAAGACCUUCACCAGGACGGGGGCCUACUGAUCAACAACCCCACGGCGCUGGCCAUCCACGAGUGCAAGUGUCUGUGGCCCGACACGCCGCUGCAGUGCGUGGUGUCGCUGGGCACCGGUCGCUACGACGACGGGGGCAAGCACAGCGCCACGUACACCAGCCUGCGAACCAAGCUCACGCACAUCAUCAGCAGCGCCACGGACACAGAGGAGGUGCACACCAUGCUGGACGCGCUGCUACCGCCCGACACCUACUUCCGCUUCAACCCCCUGCUGAGCGAGGACGUGCCGCUGGACGAGAGCCGCAGCGAGCGCCUCAACUUCCUGAAGAGCGAGGGCGAGCGCUACAUGCUGCGCAACGACGCCAAGCUGCGGCGCGCGGCCGCCGUGUUGGCCGCGCCCAAAGGCCCCGUGCAGCGGCUGGCCGACUGGGCCAAGCUGAAGACGGACAUGUACGACGGCCUGCCCUUCACCUCCUCCAAGCUGUAGGCCCAUUGGAGGAGAGGGGGCCAGGGGGGCGGGGCUUAAGGAGACGGACAUGUACGACGGCCUGCCCUUCACCUCCUCCAAGCUGUAGGCCCAUUGGAGGAGAGGGGGCCGGGGGGCGGGGCUUAAGGAGACGGACAUGUACGACGGCCUGCCCUUCACCUCCUCCAAGCUGUAGGCCCAUUGGAGGAGAGGGGGCCAGGGGGGCGGGGCUUAAGGAGACGGACAUGUACGACGGCCUGCCCUUCACCUCCUCCAAGCUGUAGGCCCAUUGGAGGAGAGGGGGCCGGGGGGCGGGGCUUAAGGAGACAGACAUGUACGACGGCCUGCCCUUCACCUCCUCCAAGCUGUAGGCCCAUUGGAGGAGAGGGGGCCAGGGGGCGGGGCUUAAGGAGACAGACAUGUGCGACGGCCUGCCCUUCACCUCCUCCAAGCUGUAGGCCCAUUGGAGGAGAGGGGGCCGGGGGGCGGGGCUUAAGGAGACGGACAUGUACGACGGCCUGCCCUUCACCUCCUCCAAGCUGUAGGCCCAUUGGAGGAGAGGGGGCCAGGGGGGCGGGGCUUAAGGAGACGGACAUGUGCGACGGCCUGCCCUUCACCUCCUCCAAGCUGUAGUCUCAUUGGAGGAGAGGGGGCUGGGAGGCGGGGCUACUGCCCUUCACCUCCUCCAAGCUGUCGGCCCAUUGGAGGAGAGGGGGCAGGGGGCGGGGCUUAAGUGGUGGGCCCUCGGCCCAUUGGAGGAGAGGGAGAGCAGGAGGCGGGGCUUAGGCAGGGGUUUGAGAUUUAGCAGUUGGUAAUUCGAAGGUCCAACUAAAAGUAGGAGGGGGAAAUGUCUUUAAAUGCUUCUGUCCGCACGUUUAUACUGAUGAUAUUCAGAGGUGGACGAGGGCAGAGGGAAUCAUGUUUUGUGCAUUGUGUGUGUUGUAACGCAAUCGUCACUGAGCUUAAGUUGUUUAACUCCCUAGCUAGAGGACUGGGUUAUGCCAAUUAGGUAUUUCUGAGUUCAGAGAUAAAAUAUUAUUAUUAUUAUUUUAUUUUUUUUAAUUCUUAUUUGCUACUGAGUCCCAUCACUUUCACUGAUCAGUUGUACACCACUGGGAAUCUCCUCCAUCUCUCUCUGUCCAGCUCUGAUUCAAAAUGAGCUCAGUGGCAUGGGAACCAGCAGAGAAGAGCAAGUGUUGUAAGGGGACCACCUCCAUAGAUGUAUGAGCGGAUGACAUGAUGGACAGGAAGUUUAAAUUGGGACGUUUUGAUUAUUGAGUUGAGGAAAAAAGUACUUGAUUGAUUGGUUUGAGAUGAGAGAUGAUGAGGUGCCCAUAUUUGUGUGGUGAUACAUUUCACUGUCGUUAGUAAUAACUGACUAGUAUGAUAUUGGGAUAACUGCUCAUUUUGUAAAUAUCCAACAUUUCUGUUUUAACACUAUUGAUGCAACUCUGUCCAAGUAGUACCUUUAUACUUUCUUAAGACUCAAUGCACUUUGUAUAAUACUAUUGUUAGCUCUCCCGAUUUUAUCUAAAUUAUGUUUUAAGUAAUGGCAAAAGUCUCAGAAAUUGGUCUACCAAUACAUAAUAAACGACUUCAUUAAAUAGGACAUAAUGACGGGGUUAAUUCUUUCAAAUUAAAAGUCCUCAAGAUUUUUCCCAUAAAUAUUUCAAAUUGAUAGUCAUUUCAUUUUAUUUGCUUUAUUUAAUGGUUAAGAGCAUGUUCUACUCUAUGAGUACGUUUUAUAUCAACCAUGUUUCGAGAGAUUAGUAAUUCAAUGUUUUGAACUUAAGAUGUUGCAUGCACAAGAAAGAUCGGUCCAAACUUGCCGUGAAUAAAACCUUGUAUAAUUGUAAAACCUCACACAAUUCUAACGAUGUGAAAUUAAUUAUACCUGCAUUGCCUUGAAUCCUGCUUUGAUCCAGUAUUUGACUGCUUGGUAAAAGGAUAAAGAGCAUUAAAAUAAUUAUCAUGAAAAAUUA